AUGUAAUAGUUAAAAAAUAGAAAUAAAGAAGAGAAAGAGGAAUAACUAACUUUAGGAGACUAGCCUGUUAAAAUUAAAUGUGGAUAUUGUGCAGCUAAUUAGAAAACAGAAGUUAAAUUUAAGAAUGGUGUUAUAAGUUAUGCAUUAUGCUUUUUAGCAUUUUUGCUGCUACCAUUUUUAGUUAGCAUUAUUGCAAUCCUACUCAUUUUUGUUUUGACUAAGAAUUUAGUUCAUGUAUGCUCAUGCUGUGAAAAUUAGCUAGGAAAUGAUGGAAAAAUAAUUUAUGCUUUAAAAUUUAAAGACGAGAUUGUAACUUUAAAAGCAGGAGAAAUGGGGUUUAUUAUGACAAGAAAAUUGAUUAUUACUAUUAUUUUAAUAGCUCUUAAUGUCAUAGUUUUAAUAUAUAAAAUAAAUCACACAAUUCAAGGAGGACAUCAUCAUAAGUAUGGAUUUACUCAUGCUCAUGAUUAAAUUUACCCUAUUCAGUCAAAUUGGACAGAUUUUUAUAAUGAAUGUAAUAUCAAACUAUUAAUGGGACAAGGACAAUAAUAAAUGAAACACUGUUAUUACAAAUAUAUUGGUAAAACUGUUUCAAACUGGGAAGGUUACAUUAUAAGAGUUGAAGAUUUAAGAGGAUCUCUAAAGCAAUUCUUUAAUCAUGCUGUUACUAUUUUAGUAUAAAUGGAUCCAACAGAGCAAACCGAAGAAUAGAAAUUCCCUGAUUUAUAGUUAACUUUUGACAGUGAAGUUGCAGAUUUUUACUCCAAUUUUCUAGAUUAGAUAAAUAGAGGUGAUAAAAUUGGAUUUAAUGCAACAAUUAAAAGUAUAGGAUUUGAGGAGCCUAGACACUUACACGUUAUUUAAAUAGAGAAGUUAGAAGGAUUUAAAUUAAUUGAACCUCAUGUUCAUCACCAUGGUCGUUAUAAAGAUUUAAAUAGAAGCUUUAGAAAAAGUAAAGAUCUAACUCCUGAAGUAUAGUUGGAAAAAUAAGAAUAAACCCAAGAGUCAUAAGAAUAGUAAAAAAAAGAAAAUAAUGAGCAAAAUUAAGAAGAUAAAUUAGAAAACAAUGAAUAGCUAAAAGUUGAAAAUUUUGAAAAUAAUUAAGAUGAUUAAGAUAAAGGAUAGUGA